AUGGUUUUCGAAGAUUUAAAUGCAAUGGACUAUAAAACGAAGAAUAAGUUCGAUAGAUUCGAUGAAGCGCACAUUCUGCUGGCUUUAAACACUGUUGCUAGAUUUCACGCCUCCUCUAUUGUAUAUGAAGAAAGAAAAAGCAAAAAACUGUCGAAAAAAUACUGUAUAAACGAAGAGUUUGAAAACCAUUUAAAUCAAGGAGGGUACAAUAUAACCGACCAAUGGUUUGUCCAAUGUAUGACAGGGGCGUUACAGGCGAUUAAAAAGUUUUCUAAAUAUGGUAAAGAUAAGAAUUUGAUGGACACAGUAGAAAAUAAAUGGAAAGAAGUAUGGCAUUCAGGUUUAAAACUCAGCGACUUUUCACCAAAGCGUUGUUGCGUUAUCUGUCAUCGAGAUUUGUGGAAUAACAAUAUUCUUUUCCGUUAUAAAGAGCUGUCGGAAAAUAAAAUGGUGCCCGAGGACUGUUUACUCGUGGAUUUUCAGGCAGUUAGAUAUCAAGAACCCGCUGGUGACGUAAUGCUUCUUCUUUACUGUAAUUUAGAGCCCAUUUAUCGCGAGACUCACAUGCAACUUUUUUUAAACUAUUACUAUGAAGAACUUGAAUAUAUUCUGUCCAAACACGAUAUAAAAAUAAGUGAUAUUUUCAGUAAAGACAGUUUUAUAUGUUCCGCGGAAGAACAAAGAUUAUGGGGUUUAAUCGUGAGCGCUUGUUUAACUCCGCAGUUUUGGCUUGAUGAUACCUUGACAACACAAUUUUUUUGCGAUACUGAACAAUUUAACCAAAUACUUUCUAAGGAUAAAGGCGCGUUUAUAAAUAAAAUGAUAGAAGAAAACGAAGAUUAUAAACGUACAGUUUUAUGUAUUUUUGAAGAAAUAGUGGAGAGGUAUUGUUUGAAUUGA